AUGGCGGCCCCCGCACAUGCAGACGGCGUGAGCUACUCUCUCACACACAAACUGCAGAAACACGAUAAACACGAUAAACACAGCCAAAAGAGCAUGGCCCAGGACGGUGCAGACGGUGCAGACGGUGCAGACGGUGCAGACGGUGCAGACGGUGGUGACCUGCUCACGGUGCCAGACGGCUGGACCGAGCCGACCUUCACCAAAGAAGACAACCCUCGAGGACUUGUGCAGGAGAGCAGCUUUGCCACACUCUUCCCCAAGUACAGAGAGGCCUACCUGAAGCAGUGCUGGCCCCUGGUGGAGAAAGCCCUGCAUGACAGCCACAUCAGACCGUCUCUCGACCUGAUCGAAGGCAGCAUGUCUGUGUGCACCACAAAGAAGACCUUUGACCCCUACGCCAUUGUCAAAGCUCGAGACCUCAUCAAGCUGUUGGCCCGCAGCGUGCCAUUUGAGCAG